AUGGCGGGCAAACAAGCGUUGAUCGUACCUGCGCUCAAAACACAUACGGCGACGGUGAUAAUGGCCCAUGGGUUGGGGGACAGGGUGUCGCUCGCAGAGACCUGGCGACGGCGGGGGAAGUUUGAGGACGUCAAGUUCAUCUUCCCCAAUGCACCGAACAUUCCCAUCACCGUGAACUUUGGCAUGCGCAUGCCUGGAUGGUACGAUAUCACAAACUUUUCCGACCUCAAGCACGAUUUCGAUGAACCGGGCAUCCUACGCUCCCGCGCGACCUUCAACAAACUCAUCACCGACGAGAUCGACGCCGGUGUGCCUUCCAAUCGCAUAAUCUUGGGUGGUUUCUCCCAAGGCGGUGCGAUGUCGCUGUUCACUGGCGCUACGACACCGCACAAGCUCGGCGGAGUCUUUGGACUGAGCUGCUAUCUCGUGCUUGGGGACAAGAUCAAAGAUUUUGCCAAAGAGGCCAACGGCGCGAACAAAGACACCCCCUUUUUCAUGGGCCACGGGGACGCAGACGAACUGGUCAAACAUCAGUGGGGAGUGCAAUCGGCAGAGUAUUUGAGGAACGAGUUGGGCCACAAAGUCGAAUUCAAGACAUAUCCGGGUCUCGCUCAUUCGGCGGACAUGAAAGAGAUCGAUGACUUGGAGGAGUUCAUCAAGCAAUGUUUACCACCGAGUGGCGCGCUGUGA